ACAAAGCUUAAUUUUGAAGAAACAAGUUAUAUAAAUUGAUCAUGACGAUGAGGAAUGGUAUUGAGCUAUUAGUGAGACGAGUUUCAGCUAUACCUCAACACUCGAUUUCUUCUAGCAUCCAUUUUCUUCCUCAAUUUUGCACAUCUUCUGCAUCGCCCAGUUCCAAGCUAUUCAUUGGAGGACUGUCCUGGUCCGUGGAUGAGCAAUCUCUCAAAGACGCUUUCUCUUCCUUUGGAGAGGUUGCAGAAGUUAGGAUUGCGUACGACAAAGGAAGUGGGAGAUCAAGAGGAUUCGGUUUUGUUGAUUUUGCAGAGGAAGGUGAUGCUCUAUCUGCAAAAGACGCCAUGGAUGGAAAGGGAUUAUUGGGUCGGCCUUUGAGAAUAAGUUUUGCCCUUGAAAGAGUGCGUGGUGGUCCUGUGGUUGUUCCACGUCUUGGGAAAUCGAAGAGAGACAGAGAAAGAAUCUUCAAGUGAUGGAAGCAUCUCGUAGAGGUCUUUCAAUGACUCUAUUAUCCAAAUGACAAGAGUCAGCAUUGUUGUACAAGUUCAUGGUUGGACCUUUUGUUUAGUCGUGGAAUCGAAGUCUAUAAACUAUCAUAUAGUAU